AUGUCUAAGAAGGAAUUAAUACACGCUAUAGGAGCUUACUUGAAUGACGACGUUUUGGAUGAAAACCCCGACUGGUUGAAAUUUAGCUAUAGUUGGGCAUCAUCACUAGAGGAUACUCAAGAAAUUCAUGUAAUCUACGAAACGAACCAAACAGAUGGAGAUUUAAGCGAGCAUAGAACCUGUACUUUACCAAUUGUAAGAAACAAAAGCUCAAAUGGGAGCAAUUCACGGGAAUCCUCCAUGUAUUUGAAGGUAAUACCUGAAAUGCAACACGGGGAAAAUAAUGUAAGAUUCGGCCCAAGGUUCAUUCAUAUGAACGAAACCUUCGUAUUGCUGGAGGACUUGACCGUUCGGGAUUAUCGGAGCAUCAAUGGACAUACAGGAAUGGGAUUAAACCUAGCGCAGGCUGCUUUGAGGAAAAUGGCUCACUUUCAUGCUGCCUCUAUGGUGUAUUUAAAAGGAGAGAAUUCUACAGAUUUCAUACCAAGUGUUUCGGCAUUAAUUAGUAAUGAGGACGUUGAAACUCGCAUGGACAUAGCCAUUGAAAUGAUUGAGAAACAUUUGCCGGAGUUUGAAGAAAUCACUACAAAACUUCGCAGUUAUUUGGAAACAUUUCAAAAACGCCUUACCGAUCUACUGCUUAAACAAAAUUUGCCAUACAAAGUCAUCGCACUUGGUGAUGCUUCCUUAAAAAAUAUGCUUCAUAAAUUUAACGAAUGUGAUGUGCCCGAUGUUGUGUUUAAAAACUUUAACGCUUGCUUUGUUGGCAGUGUCGGAUACGACUUGAAUAUCUUCUUCAACACCAGUUUGAGUUUGACAGAAUUCGCACUUCAUCGUUUCGAACUACUUCGUUACUAUUAUCAAAAUUUAAAAGAGGUAUUAAGUUCAAAGAAAUUCCGCGCUCCCGAUUGGCAAACAAUUGUAGAUGAAGUGCGAGAAUUUGAACAUAUUGGAUGUUAUGCCCUGCUAUGUGAGAUGCCUACUUGUUUUGUGAAUAAUUUAAAAAAAUGGGUUGUGGUUCAAGAUUCCGCUAUUAAAGAUGAAUGUUUCGAAGAAGAUUAUGACGCAUUAUUCAAAAAUGAAGAAGCAACAAAGUUGCUAAAAUAUGGUCUUGAACGUUUCUAUGAACUUUUUUUGUGGGAUGAUAAGGCAGAAGAGGAGACUAAACAAGAGGAAGGGUUUGGAUUCAUCAAAUUAUAA